UGGCCUGCUUUGUUACAACAAGAUUGGAGUUAUCGCCAACAACUGCCAUCCGCGUGCUCGCAAAUGAAACACACACGAAUCUGGCCAUGAAAUCCUCCGAGUGCUCCUAUUUGUGCAGUUGUUCAGGUGGUUGUCAGCAUCGUCUGUGCGCUUUGGAACAAAGGCGCCUCGAAAAUGAUAGACGAUUUGAAGAUGUCUAUCCAGAGGGGAGCAGAAGGGAUGAAAAAAUUGCUCUCGAUAAUAGUCCAUCCCCAUGUCACUAUGCUUCGUUGAUCGAUUCAUCAUGUAUCUGUCGCGUAAAUGGAGACGUAUGGUGCGACGUUACUCAGAAUAUUGGACCAAAUGUCCUUUUGGACUACCAGUUUGUGCUCAGAUACGAUAGCGGAGAACUCAUAUCUGUUGUUCAGCUUCUAACUGAAAACCUGGUCAAUUCGGAACUUCAGUAUCUCAAUAGCCUCAUCAGCAUAGGGCGUCUGCUGGUUGACAUCCUACGAAACAGCACUGGAGACCGGGACUGUGGCUUGGUUUUGAACGAACACCGAAUCGAAGCUGACGCCUCCCAUGGUGCAUCGACACCUAGGCUCCUCGGUGGCGCGGAUGCACCAGACUCGUCCGAUCGGGGAAAGACCGGAUAUUUGGUUUACGCGAUAAUAACGCGGCCGAGUUUGUUGAUCGACUGGCAGUCUGCUCAUACUAAUCGGGACAGUGAUCAAGAUGCACGAUCACUAUGCGUGCAAUCUCUCAAAUUGCUGGAGCUCAUGGUUAAUAGGCGAUAUGGAGAAAUACGUUUUCCUGCUGUUUUGUCAGUGUUGAAAAGGGCCGAUAUCGUAUUUCGGUCAAAGUCAACUGGCACGACUUCUGCACAUGAAAGACCUGCCGUUUCGUUGUUGGACUCAGUAGCGGACGACCGACAAAAUGUCAACCAAGCCACCUGGAGGCAUCCGAGGACUUCGGUUGCAAAACCCUCCGGUCUCUCACACAGAUCGAACAGAGGAAAUACCCAAUCUUUCCGGUCAUGUACAUUAUCGCAUA